GGUGUGAGCUAUGUAGACUUGCAUAUGCGCUACAUGUGAAAAGAGUCGGAAAUUUACACUUACAUCAGAGUUUUAAUGGGAAAUAUGAGUAGAUUAAUAUUAAAUUUAGGUAAAUGUUGAGUUUAAGAGGAUAUCUUUUCAACUUGCCAAUUGUUAAGCGUUAAAUAUCCUAGCCCUAUCAAACAACUUUCAAACUCGCAUAUGCUGCUCUUGUAGCGUAACGCCAACGACGAGGGUUACUGCAAAAUGGAAACUGUUUUUGUGUGUUGUUGUCGAGCGUGAAGUGUGCAAUUAGACAACUGAAUUCGUUUAAAUGUGAUGAGAAAAGGCGCACUACAACAACGUCAAAGGCGAGCGAAUCGAUUUCCAAACAAUAACAAGCUACGAAACUAAAUUUAAAGUCGCUCGGAAAUCCGGAAAUCGGGAAUUUCGAGAAGUGCCCCCCAUCCGAUAUAUAUACAUAUAUAAGAGAAGAGCGUGCGAAAACAGAAACCCAAACAACGGAUAAGGAGAGACGAGUGGAGGGGUCAGGAAAAGCAGGCAGCGCUUUUAGUCGCAUAUAUUUUAGCCACUUUUCCACGCCAGCUGGGAAGAGGCGGGUAAGGGCGGUGAAAUUGCGACUUUCGGCGGCCCAAAGAGCUCAGCUGCAGGAAUAAGCUGACGCGAAACCUUGAGACACCGACUCUCACGCACACCAGCGCAAGCACACGCACACUCAAUAACACACACACAGGCGCAGGAGCAGCAGGAAGUGCAGGCACCAUGAGUUCGCAAUACUCAAAUGUGGAGAACCUGUCGCCGCAGACGAUACGACAGGUGAUGCGGGAGCUGCAGGAGAUGGAGACCACUCCUCCCGAGGGCAUUAAGGUGCUGAUCAAUGAGAGCGACGUGACGGACAUUCAAGCUCUGAUCGACGGGCCUGCUGGCACUCCAUAUGCCGCCGGCGUUUUCCGCGUUAAGCUGACGCUGAACAAGGACUUCCCGCAGACGCCACCAAAGGCCUACUUCCUCACCAAGAUUUUUCACCCGAAUGUGGCCGCCAACGGGGAGAUCUGCGUGAAUACACUGAAGAAGGACUGGAAGCCGGAUCUGGGCAUCAAGCACAUUCUGCUUACCAUAAAAUGCUUGCUGAUCGUCCCAAAUCCGGAAUCUGCGCUGAACGAGGAGGCCGGCAAGAUGCUGUUGGAGCGUUACGACGACUACUCGCAGCGGGCGCGCAUGAUGACAGAGAUCCAUGCCCAGCCCGCCAAAUGCGGUGCAGGCGCUGCUGGCGAUGCCAAAGACGAUGAUGGACCUUCGACGAAGAAGCACGCGGGCCUGGACAAAAAACUGCAGGACAAGAAAAAGGAGAAGUUUAUCAAGGAGAAGAAGCGUAUGCUAAAGAGAUUAUGAGAGGCAUAAGGCGAAGUUCUGUGGCCUAGCUAAUCAAACAGGAGCAGUAAGCAGCGGCAUGAAACGACGGAUUCGAAAGGAUGAAUAGAUGAUAAGGGGUGGAAAAGUGCGAGUGUUAACCCGAGAACCACUUGAAUGGCGGCAGGAUCGGUGCUAGCAUGGUGGAAUUAAAGGAGCAGGCGCGCUAUGAAAUUUUACACUGAUCUGAUACAAAAAAAAGAAAAAUUGAGCAACUAAAAAAAGGGAGUCACCGAUUAAACCCGGAUAAGAAACCGCAUCAUAUGAAGGCUAAUAUCGGAAUCGGAAGUUAAAGCUGCAAAAUAUCGGUAGAACGAGAGAGAGAUAGAACCACUCCAAAGAUAAGGGCAUCCAGUUACCAUAUACGAUUAUUUAAACCACUUCUUUUGGUGACAACACCUGUCAAUCGAGCCUAGAACGUAGAAAAGAAACCAACAAAUAAGCAACCAAGAGAAAUGCGGAAUGCAACCAUCUCCUUAGUAAUUUAUGUAGUUCUCUUUUCUUAACGAUCAUGAGCUAUCCUAGCAUAAUUUAUGUAAUUAGAUUAAAGAAAAACAAGGAGAACAUUAUCGCCUCAUACAUGCCACCACCCAAACACUCUACCCAAAUCUCUCUAAAAAAAGCAUCACCAAUUUACCUUAAUGAGCAUUAUUAUCGUUCACUUGGGGUCUGUCCAUAUAUUGGGUAAUCCCCUGGCUAUUCAAUUUUUUUUUUUUUCGAAAACAAAUAUUCUGUUAGUUUCCGUAAUCGAUUGCACAAUGUUUGGAUGGCCCCUAAGACUUAAGUUAUACCCUUUUUUAUUUUUUGUGUCUUUUUAAAAUUGUAUCCAUUUAGUUUUAAAUUUAAUAAAUUUAAAUUCGUUACAUUCAAUUGUCCUGCUUAGGAUUAAGAUAAGAAUAGAAAACACCACGCAUCCAACAAACAAUCACAAAAAAUACAUAAAAUUAUUAAUGAAAAACUGUAAAAUAUCGAUGGCACAUUCUGUAGAGAUUUAAGUUUAAGGACUUACAACUGUAAAACACUUGUCGCAAAACGGAAUGGAGCGGAACAGAACGGAAUGUAAUAGCACGGUGAUAAGUGCAUGGGAUAUCCUCGAUCUUUCGUUCGCUAUAUCGCUAUAUCUUUCACGCCUGCUGCUCUCUCUUUCUCUCUCUCUCCUUUUGUUCGAAAAUCCUUUUCAAACUCACACAAUAAAUCGAUGGCGGAAAGUAAAAAAGCAAUUAAAAAAGAAUAAAAUUCCAAGAAAAAAUUCCAAACAAGA